CAGAAUAAAAACAGCAACGUAGAAGAGGGGGGGUGCGGUGCGGCGAGGGGCAAGCAAAGUGAUCUAUUGAACCGAACACUUUGCUUUGCCUUGAUCACGUUGACUGCUCUUCGGGGGUUGUGGUAAUUAGUUGGAGGAGAAUAAAACCAGCUGAUCGGCAGAGGGGUGGCUCAUUUUCGAGCGAGAUGGCUGACAGAAACAUUCUGUUGCUCCUCUUUGGACUCUUCCUCUCAGCGCUGAUUCAGCCUUCUCUCCAAGGAGGCGUGUACGUGCCAGCAGGUGCUGGGGUCGGACCUGGAGGCACAGGAGGCAGGACUGGAUUCUUUCCAGGGUCUGCUGGAGGAGUCGGCUAUAAACCAGCUAAAGCUGCAGUAGGAGGUUAUGGAGGUGCGGGCGGCCACGGCGUGGGCCAAGGUGGUCUGGUGCCAGGAGGUGUUGGGCAUGGCGGCUUGGGUGUUGGAGGACUGGGUGCAGGACAAGGUGGAAAGCCCCCUAAACCAGGUUAUGGCAAUCUAGGAGCCGGUGGUGUUGGAGUUGGUGGCCUGGGAGCUGGAGGCUACGGAGGAGGUGGUUAUGGCGGAUAUGGUGGCGGCACAGGGGGCUUUUUCCCAGGAGCUGGACAGAAGGCUGCUAAAAGAGGGACUGGAGGCUUAGGAACUGGAGCCGCAGUGCCUGCUGGAGUGCCUGUUAUUCCUCAGACAGGCCUUCAAGGAGGAGGUGGGGCCGGGGCUGGAAAGAAAGCUGCCAAAGUGCCAGGUGUGGGCGUGCCUGGACUUUACCAAGGUGGACUGGUGCCAGGACAAGGGUUUGGCGGACGUGGCGUUCUGCCUGGUGUUGCCAUAGGAACUAACCUAAAUCCCAAGUCAGUUGUAGGGGGAGGACAAGGUGGUCCAGUACAAGGAGGCCGCGGGUACGGUGGGCCAAUGCAGCCCGGUGUGUUCCACGGAUAUCCCCUCAAAACCCCCAAAGUGCAAGGUGGCUACGGAGCAAAACCUGGAGGUGGAAAACUGCCUUUUGGUUACGGCUUUGGAAAUGUUGGCCCUGGACUCACGGCAGGAGUAGGAGGCCCUGCCUCGAGGCCCGGAUACCCUGCUGGAACUGGAGUGGGACCUGGGGGCAUCUCACCUGCUCAGGCUAAAGCCGCCAAAUAUGGUUCGGCAGGUGGUCAAGGCGUUGCUGGAGCUGGUGGACUGUAUCCAGGGCAGGUGCCAGGAGGUGUGGGGUCUGGGGCCAUCUCACCUGCUCAGGCUAAAGCUGCCAAAUAUGGUUUUGGGGCCGUCGGAGGUGUCGGUGGUGGUUUUGGAGGUGGUGUCGGUGGUGGUGUUGGAGGUGGUGUCGGCGGUGUUGGUGGUGGUGUUAGAGGGGUGUCUCCGGGGCAGGUGCCAGGAGCGGGAUAUGGAGUUGGUUCCAAAGCUGCUAAAUAUGGACUACCAGGAGGAGUACCAGGAGGAGUACCAGGGGGGGUACCAUGGGGAGUACCAGGAGGAGUACCAUGGGGAGUACCAGGAGGAGUACCAGGGGGGGUACCAGGAGGAGUACCAGGAGGGGUCCCUGGGGGGGUACCAGGAGGAGUACCAUGGAGAGUACCAGGAGGAGUACCAGGAGGAGUACCAGGAGGUGCACCAGUGGUUGGUGGAUAUUCACCAGCAGCCAAAGCCGCUAAAUAUGGAGUUGCCACAGGAGGACUAGGAGGCGCAGGCGGAUUUGGAGGAACAGGAGGGAUUUGGAGGAACAGGAGGAUUUGGAGCAACAGGAGGACUGGGAGGAACGGGAGGAUACUCAGCUGCUGCCAAAGCUGCUAAAUAUGGGGCAUUAGGAGGAGCAGGAGGCCUGGGAGGUGGAGGACAACUGGGAGGAGCAGG